AUGUCUGAUGUUACAGAUCAUGAAAAAGUUCUACUUGAAUCGACCACGAACCUUGUGAUAGAUAAUAGCAAAACUGUUUCAAGAGAUAAAAGCUAUUCACAGUCACAAACGUACAUUUCUAUGUCGCCACUGCCUUCUUCGGAGGCAAGUACAUAUGUAGGUAACAAAACAUAUGAUUCUUCAAUAAACACUGAACCACGCGAUUCAAAAUCAAAGAAUACAGUUGAUGAAGGCAAACCUACAGAAUAUCCAAUUCUUAACACACAUUCGAUAGAUAAAACAGUACCAUCCAUACCCCCAAUCAUUACAAACGACAAAUAUCCCACAGAGCCAUUUGCAGAGUCUCUCAGUACGUCACCUACGUCCCCUUCUGCAUAUACAAUCCCACGUGAAUCUUUCAAGUCUCACUCAGCCACUUCUUCAACAUCAACACUCACCCCAGAAGAUCAAGAACGUAUCUCAACAAAGGAAAAGAAUCUCGAUGAAAUCAAACAACAAUGCUCGUGCUUGAUUCAUGAGUUGGAAGGAAAUGACCAACCAGAAGUCAUCAUCAAAAGACAUAUUCAACAAUUGAAGAAAUAUAACGAACUAAAAGAUGUUGCAUUACAGUUGGUAACAUUGAUUGCAGAUCAAAGGCAAGUAAAAACAACUGAUAUACUUAAUGAAAUGAAGCUAGAAGUCGGUGAAGAUGGUAAUGAGAUUUAG